AUGAAAACUCGCAGGAGCAUUAUCCCAGAUUCUGAAGAUGAUGUGUCCAUGAAGGAUACGUCAUCGCAGAUUUCCUUGCAGGAUCGUCUGGAGCCCCUGUCAGUGAGCGGGUCCUCUCAUUCCAAACCACGCUCCACUGGUGUCAUCAAAGAUUCCGAAGAUGAAGGCUCGGACACGCUCUGUCUGCCCAAUUUAUUGGCAGAAGGCCAAUCAGGAUCACCAAAUCUUAAAGUGUUAAUCAAAGUAAAGAGAAAUGUCUCAGCCACAGACUCAUCCAGCAGCUCUACAAGGUUGGCAUCAGAUGAGGUCACUGAGGUUGACACACGAGCCACCAGUGUAGGUAUGACUGCGGUGACAGAGCCCAGCAGCCGCCCUACGCGAAUCAAUGCAUCUGCCCGUGCUCAGCAACUUCGAGCCAGCAGGUUUUCCAUGAGAAGUCGGGGAACCAAAAGAGUCGCAGAUGACAUUGACUCGUCCUCAGGGGCCAUUGAUAGUUCUGAGCUGGAUGCAGCAUUAGCCCGUGCACUUCAGGAGGAGGAAUAUGACCAACCUCCGCCUAAGAAACGAAAGAUGGCACAGAGGCCCACCCGCUCAAAUAAGAAUCCCAUCAAAGAGCCUUCACCAUUCGAGAUAUCAGAGUCUGAGGUUUUGUCAGACUUGAGUGAGAUGGACUUGGAUACCCUUCUUGAAACGGAUUAUGAGUCUGCGGUUGCUGAAAGUGAGGCUAUUGAGAGCGAACUGGGUGAAGGGCUUGAUGAAGAGCUUGAGACGUCAAAGACAGGAAGACGAGCUCGGAAUACGAAUACAAGAAGACGAGCUCGAAAUACAGCCCAGGUUUCAGACGAUGAGCGUUCAGGUGAUGACGGUCUUCCACCAACAGUGCAGCAGCGCAAAGAAAGGCGCCGUUUCAAAAACGACCGCAAGAAACUGGAAAGACACCAUCCAAUUAUGGCAUCCAUGUGGGAUGAUUUGAAGGCCCAGGCCUUGAUCGCUCCAAAGCAAGCUCAGCAACCUAAGAAUAUCACUCGCAUCCUGAAACCAUUCCAGCUUGAGGGCCUGAACUGGAUGAUAGAACAAGAAAAGACUUCGUUCCGAGGAGGUCUUCUGGGUGAUGAGAUGGGCAUGGGAAAGACAAUUCAGGCGGUUUCUUUGAUCAUGUCAGAUUUCCCCCAGCCUAAUCCGACUCUAGUGCUUGUUCCUCCCGUCGCUUUAAUGCAAUGGACAUCCGAGAUCAAGGACUACACCGAUGGCAAAUUGAAAGUCCUCGUUUACCACAAUUCCGACUCGAAGGUCAAGAACCUCAAACCAGCGGAUAUCCAGAAAUACGAUGUGAUUAUGAUAUCCUACUCGAGUUUGGAAUCGAUCUACCGAAAGCAAGAGAAAGGCUGGUCCCGUGGCAGUGCAGUUGUUAAAGCGGACAGUGCAAUUCAUGCCGUUAAUUACCACCGAGUCAUUCUUGACGAAGCUCACAACAUCAAGCAACGAACUACAAGCGUGGCCGGAGCUUGCUUCGCUCUGAAAGCCGAAUACAAGUGGUGCCUUUCUGGCACGCCGGUACAAAACCGGAUUGGCGAGUUCUUCUCCCUCCUUCGAUUCCUAGAGAUCCGCCCAUUUGCCUGUUAUUUUUGCAAGCAAUGCAAGUGCCAACAGGUUCAGUGGAUGGUGGAUAAACGGGGUCGUUGUACUGAAUGUCAGCAUACGGCUUUCAACCAUAUCUCGAUUUUUAACAAAGAAAUCCUCAGACCAAUCAUGGCUAGAAGUGGAACUGGAAGAGAAGAAGCCGAGCGUAAAGAAGGAUUGGAUAAACUUCGUCUCAUCACUCGCCGCCUCAUGCUUCGCCGAGAGAAGAAAGACCACUCGUCCUCCAUGGAACUCCCACCCAAGCGGGUUCUUCUGCACAAUGAAUUCUAUGGCGAGGUUGAACGUGAUUUCGCGCAGAGUAUUAUGACCAAUUCGCAACGAGAGUUCGAUACCUACGUCAGUCAAGGUGUCAUGCUGAACAAUUAUGCCAAUAUCUUUGGCUUGAUCAUGCAAAUGCGCCAGGUGGCAAAUCAUCCAGAUCUUCUUCUUAAGAAGGGUUGCCAGCCCGGUCAGAACGUUCUGGUAUGCCGAGUCUGUGAUGAACCCGCCGAAGAUGCAAUUCGAUCUCGCUGCCAGCACGAGUUCUGCCGCCAAUGCGCCAAGGAUUACAUCGAGUCCUUCGAAGAUCCUUCCCUCGUGGAUUGCCCACGGUGUCAUAUUCCUCUUGCAAUUGAUUUAGAGCAACCGAUGGUCGGGCAGACUGAGACGGUCAAGAAGAAUUCCAUCAUCAAUCGUAUCGCCAUGGAGAACUGGACCUCGUCGACGAAGAUCGAAAUGCUUAUCUACGACCUUUUCAAGCAGAGAAAGAAGGGCCAUGCUCCAAAGUCGAUUAUCUUCUCGCAGUUCACUUCAAUGCUGCAAUUGGUAGAGUGGCGUCUACGUCAUGCCGGAUUCAACACUGUGAUGCUCGAUGGUAGCAUGACCCCCGCACAGCGCCAGAGAUCCAUUGAGCAUUUUAUGACAAAGGUUGAUGUGGAGAUCUUUCUGGUCUCUCUCAAGGCUGGUGGUGUAGCCCUUAACCUGACUGAGGCAUCCCGGGUGUAUAUCAUUGAUCCAUGGUGGAACCCGGCUGCAGAAUGGCAAAGUGCCGAUCGUUGUCAUCGUAUCGGCCAAAGGCGACCCUGCGUAAUCACUCGACUCUGCAUCGAAGACUCGGUCGAAUCACGAAUUGUUCAGCUGCAAGAGAAAAAAGCAAAUCUCAUUCGCGGCACGAUUAACCAGGAUCAAGGCCACGCUUUGGAGAGAUUGACACCUCAGGAUAUGGAGUUCCUGUUCCGAGGAGGUUAA